GGUCCGCCAUCUUACCGGAAGUCAAAAGAAGAAAUAGAGGAUAUUGCGUUUAUUUCCGGUUGUUUCUUAGCACGUGUGUCUGUGUUAACGUUGUAGAUGUUCUGUAAAGGGAACCAAAGCGGGUUGUUUCCAUCCGGACCAUUGAGUGUGUAACACAAGUUGUGAGUAAACGUUCCUGCUGAGCAUACACGUGAUUCUCCGUGUCUUUAUUAAUGAUCGUUAGGGUGCUAACGUAACAGUAGAUGAUCAGAGUAAAGUUGUAAAGACCGCUGAGUUGAGUUUUCCCUCUGUGACUCUUGGAUGUGUGUAAGAUGGCCGGGUUUAAGGAUCUUAAAGAGUUAUUCAGUCGACGGCUGCUCGCUGCGGUUAUCAGAGAUAUAACAGAAGAAAGAACAACAAGUGGAUACGAAGAGGAGCUCCACCGACAAAGAAAACUGCUGGAUGUGAUUUUAACUCCUGAAAUCAAGCUACAGAGAACAGAUGUCCAGCAGCUGUUGGUUAGUAAAGAAGAGCUUCCACCUGAGCAGCAGGAGUGGAGCAUUCUGGACCAGGAGGACACUAAGCCCCAACACAUUAAAGAAGAACAUGAGGAACUGUGGAUCAGUCAGGAGGAAGAACAGCUUCAAGGACUGGAGGAGGCUGAUACCUCCAAGUUCCCCUUCAUUCCUGUUUCUGUGAAGAGUGAAGAGAAACCUCAGUCCUCACAGCUUCAUCAGAGACAAACUGAACAGAUGGAAACAGGAGUUGAUGGAGAGGACUGUGGAGGAGCAGAACCAGAGAGAGACUCAGAUCCAGAGAGACGUUUACAACCAGAGACUGAGGUCGAGACUGAAGACUCUUACGAACCUGAGACUGAUGACAGUGAUGAUUGGAAAGAGACAAGAGAAGAUCUGUCAGAAUUAAACCUGAAAAAUAAGAAACUAAAGACUGGUAAGAGAUCACACAGGUGUUCGGAGUGUGGUAAAAGAUUUAACCAGAAAGGGAAUCUGACCAGACACAUGUUAGUACAUACAGGAGAGAAACCCUUCAGCUGCUCUGUUUGCAGUAAAAGUUUUACUCAAAGAGGAAGUCUGACCACACACAUGUUAGUUCAUACAGCAGAGAAACCCUUCAGCUGCUCUGUUUGCAGUAAGAGUUUUACCCGAAGACAACAUCUGACCACACACAUGUUAGUUCAUACAGGAGAGAAAGCUUUCAGCUGCUCUGUUUGCAGUAAAAGUUUUACCCAUAGACAAAGUCUGACCACACACAUGUUAGUUCAUACAGGAGAGAAAGCUUUCAGCUGCUCUGUUUGCAGUAAAAGUUUUACCCAUAGACAAAGUCUGACCAGACACAUGUUAAUUCAUACAGGAGAGAAAUCCUUCAGUUGCUCUGUUUGCAGUAAAAGUUUUACCCAUAGACAAAAUAUGACCAGACACAUGUUAGUUCAUACAGGAGAGAAACCCUUCAGCUGCUCUGUUUGCAGUAAAAGUUUUACCCAUAGACAAAAUCUGACCACACACAUGUUAAUUCAUACAGGAGAGAAAUCCUUCAGUUGCUCUGUUUGCAGUAAAAGUUUUACCCAUAGACAAAGUCUGACCACACACAUGUUAAUUCAUACAGGAGAGAAAGCCUUCAGCUGCUCUGUUUGCAGCAAAAGUUUUACCCGAAGAGGAAAUCUGACCACACACAUGUUAGUUCAUACAGCAGACAAACCCUUCAGCUGCUCUGUUUGCAGUAAAAGUUUUACCCGAAGACAACUUCUGACCUCACACAUGUUAAUUCAUACAGGAGAGAAACCCUUCAGCUGCUCUGUUUGCAGUAAAAGUUUUACCCAUAGACAAAAUCUGACCACACACAUGUUAAUUCAUACAGGAGAGAAAUCCUUCAGCUGCUCUGUUUGCAGUAAAAGUUUUACCCAUAGACAAAAUCUGACCAGACACAUGUUAAUUCAUACAGGAGAGAAACCCUUCAGUUGCUCUGUUUGCGGUAAAAGUUUUACCCAAAGACAACUUCUGACCACACACAUGUUAAUUCAUACAGGAGAGAAACCCUUCAGUUGCUCUGUUUGCAGUAGAAGGUUUACCCAAAGAGGAAAACUGACCACACACGUGAUGAUUCACACAGGAGAGAAACCUUUCAGCUGCUCUGAGUGUGGUAAAAGGUUUAACCGGAAAGAGACUCUGACCAGACACAUGUUAGUUCACACAGGAGAGAAAUGCUAAUCCUGUUCAAUGGUAAAACUGAUCCAAAGGAUUCCAAGUUAACAACAUCACUAAUGUGUAUUCAUAAGUAUGUAUUGACUAACAGAUGUAUAACUGUUGUUAUAAAGGGAUAUAAGACAAUUCUAUUCACAGGAAUCUGUCUGUACUUUUUUGACAUUGAUGUUUUGUUGCUGACAUAUGAACCAGUAAGUUGGGAUCAGCUAUGACGUUUACAUUUAAAGUGUUUAUAUUGUUGAAAGAUCAGAAAGAGUUAUGCAUUUGUUGAAUUUGUUUUUAUCAUAUAUUUACUUUUUAUUUUAUUAUAAUUUAAUCCAUUUAUCAUUUACUUCAUAUAUUUACUUUUGUUAUCACUUAAUCUUUUCAUCAUAUUCAUUCAUAUGUCAUAUUGUCGCUACGACUUUUGGUUUUUGACUUUUAUAUUUCCUGUCAAUCCUACACACACCCGCGGUGCCUACGCACCUGUGAGGUCAGGAUGAGUGUGCCAUACUUUGAGCAAAACCACAUACGAGCUCGUAGGUGUAUAGCGUUUCUGCUUAUCUGCCUGGUUCACAGUCUUCGAGCUAAAACCACAUAUGAACUUAGUAUCACCUGUGUUACCUUAUAUGCUUUGACAUCAAAACCACAUAUGAACUUAG